UCAUCAGGUCCACAAACACAUCACACACGACACACGCACACGCACAGGCCUGAGCUUUGGGCUAUGCACGCCCUGGCCGUGUCCUGAGAGCGAGGAACUUCCUCAUCGUGAGCGCCUUGCGCACCCAGACUCCAGUCAGCCCUCAGAAUCAGACAACUCUGAGCUUGGAAAGGGAAUCGAAGAACAAAAUUCCAGAGCGGCGGCGAGACGGCGCAGGGAACUGUGGGAAGCGUAGUCCAAGACCGGAAAAACCCCGGAUGUGGAGAAAGCGCGCGUAGCCCGGUUCUCACCGCGGAGACCCCUGGGAAGUACCGUCCGCGCGAGAGUACGCAGGCGCAGGCUGCUGGCCCCGGCCGAAGGAACCACCCCUUUUCUAAAGAGGACCCCAAAGGAAAGGCUGGUAAUCUCUGAAAAUCUCAAAACCAUGGAUCAGAUGGCUGCAACAGCUGGAACUGGGCCAGUCUGAAGCCAGGAGCAAAGAGCCUCUUCCAGGUCUUGCACAUAGGAGCAGGGGCCCAAGCACUUGGACCAUCUUCCACUGCUUUGCCAGGCCAUAGCAGAGAGCUGGAUCAGAAGUGGAGCAGCCGGGACGCGAACCAGUGCUAUGCCACAGUGCUGGCUCCUAUAUUACAGGGAUCAUUGUCAUUCAAAGAUGUGACUGUGGACUUUACUCAAGAAGAGUGGCAGCACCUUGAUCCUGCUCAGAAGACUCUCUACAUGGAUGUGAUGUUGGAAAACUAUUGCCACCUCAUCUCUGUGGGGUGUCACAUGACCAAGCCUGAUGUGAUCCUCAAACUGGAACGAGGAGAAGAGCCAUGGACAUCAUUUUUAGGUCAUACCUUAGAAGAAAACUGGAAAACUGAAGACUUUUUAGUAAAAUUCAAGGAACAUAAAGAUAAGUAUUCCAGAUCAAUUGUAUGCAUCAACCAUAAGAAACCAAUUAAAGAGAAGAGUAACAUAUAUGAAAAGUCAAAAUCAAUCAUUCUAGGCAAAAACUCUGUUGAUUCAAAAAUAUUACCUCCUGAAUAUGAUACUCAUGGAAAGAUUUUGGAAAGUGUUUCAGAAUUAAUCAUCGGUAAUCUAAGUCCUGCAAGAAAGAGACUUAGUGAGUAUAAUGGAUAUGGGAACUCACUCCUCAGUACGAAGCAAGAGAAAGCUCAUCCUCAAGUCAGAUCCCAUAAUCAGAAUGCCAGGGCUUUCAACCAUAAUGAAGGGCUUAUGCAGUAUCAGAAGAUGGGAACUCCAGCUCAGUCAUUUGGAUAUGAUGAAAGUGAGAAAUCAUUCCUUAAAAGGGGAGGCUUAGUUACAGUUACACAUAACAGAGCAUACAGAGGGGAAAACUCAUCUGUGUUCAAUAAAAAGAGAAGAGCAACUAAUAUUGAAAAAAAACAUACAUGCUCUGAAUGUGGGAAAUCCUUCUGCAGGAAGUCAGUAUUGAUUCUUCAUCAGGGAAUUCACACAGAGGAAAAACCCUAUCAGUGCCAUCAGUGUGGAAAUGCAUUUAGAAGGAAGUCCUAUCUCAUUGAUCACCAAAGAACUCACACAGGAGAGAAACCCUUUGUUUGUAAUGAAUGUGGAAAGUCUUUCCGUUUAAAGACAGCUCUCACAGAUCAUCAGAGAACACAUACAGGGGAGAAAUCAUAUGAAUGUCCACAGUGUAGGAAUGCCUUCAGAUUGAAGUCACACCUCAUUCGUCACCAGAGAACUCAUACAGGAGAGAAACCAUAUGAAUGCAAUGACUGCGGGAAGUCCUUCCGUCAGAAGACAACACUGUCUCUACAUCAGAGGAUUCAUACUGGGGAGAAACCCUAUAUUUGUAAAGAAUGUGGGAAGUCUUUUCACCAAAAGGCAAACCUUACUGUCCAUCAGAGAACUCACACAGGGGAGAAGCCAUAUAUUUGUAAUGAGUGUGGGAAAUCCUUCUCCCAGAAGACAACCCUUGCUCUUCAUGAGAAAACUCAUAAUGAGGAGAAACCUUACAUUUGUAAUGAAUGUGGAAAGUCCUUCCGCCAGAAGACAACUCUUGUAGCACAUCAGAGAACACACACAGGAGAGAAAUCUUAUGAGUGUCCUCACUGUGGGAAGGCCUUUAGAAUGAAGUCAUACCUCAUUGAUCACCACAGAACUCAUACAGGGGAAAAACCAUAUGAAUGUAAUGAAUGUGGGAAGUCAUUCAGUCAGAAGACAAAUCUCAAUCUGCAUCAGAGAAUUCACACAGGGGAGAAACCCUAUAUCUGUAAUGAAUGUGGGAAGUCCUUUCGCCAGAAAGCAACCCUCACUGUACACCAGAAAAUACAUACAGGGCAGAAAUCCUAUGAAUGUCCUCAAUGUGGGAAAGCUUUUAGUAGGAAGUCAUAUCUCAUUCAUCAUCAAAGAACUCACACUGGAGAGAAACCAUAUAAAUGUAAUGAAUGUGGAAAGUGCUUCCGCCAGAAGACGAAUCUCAUUGUACAUCAGAGAACUCACACAGGUGAGAAGCCUUAUGUUUGUAAUGAGUGUGGGAAGUCCUUUAGUUAUAAGAGAAAUCUCAUUGUCCAUCAGAGAACUCACAAGGCAGAAAAUAUGGAAAUGCAAUAAAUGAUUUGAUUUCUUUGUGAGGUCUUCACAAGUUAUUGUUAAUUUUUAGGGUUUUUUAAAGAAAGCAUGUUUUACAGUUCUAUGUAAUUUUAAUCACAAACGUAAUCAUGGUUGUUAAGUACCAUACCACAUAACUACUGUUUAUUAGUGAAUAAAAUGGGUAUAAUCAUUUUAGUGAAGUCUUACAGCUAUGAACUAUUUUUGAAAGUUUUUAACUCAUACUUUAUUUUUUAAAAAAUACAUGCAGAGGCAGAGGCAAAUUAUGAAGUGGUUAUAAGCAUUGGUUUCUCCAGAUGAGAAACAAAAUAUCUAUGAACUAUUUCUCAUUGUACUCUGUGUAAUAAAGCGUAGUUAGUUUCUUUUCCAAAGAUUACCAUUUCCCUGGCUUGUAAUGUCAUAAAGUAGUUUUUUGCAUGUUUUAUAUAUGAUCAUACAUCAUGAAUGUGUCUUGCUUCACUCAACAUUUUAAAGACUUGUACAUUAUUGCAUGUGGCAGUAGUGUAUUCAUUUUAAUUUUGUAUGCUAUUCCAUUUUAAGAAUAUAUUGGCUAUUUAUCCUAUUGCUGGAUAUUUGUAUUUUUUUAUAAUUUUCUGUUUUAAUAAAAAUACUGCUAUAAGUA